AUGUCUCGCCCGUUUGCCGUCCCGCCGCCCGGCGUCUGGGUCCCUGCCGUCACCCUCUUCGACCCGGAUACCGACCGACUGCUUGCCGACGACCAGGCCCGCUACUUUGCCCACCUCGCCUCCACCGGCAUCACCGGUCUGGUCGUCUUGGGCUCCAACGCCGAGACCUUUCUGCUCACCCGCGACGAGCGCCGCGCCACGCUGCAGACGGCCCGCGCCGCCGUGGGACCGGACUUCCCCAUUAUGGCGGGCGUCAGUGGGCACAGCACGGCCCAGGUGCUUGAGUUUCUCGAGGACGCGCACGCUGCCGGAGCCAACUACGGCCUGCUGCUGCCGCCGGCCUACUUUGGAGCCAAGGCCAGCUCGCCGGCCGUGCUGGCCCGCUUCUUCGACGAGGUGGCCGCCAAGACGCCGCUGCCACUGGUCAUCUACAAUUUCCCCGGGCUGACGGCCGGUGUCGACCUCGACUCGGAUGCCAUUGCCGACCUGGCCCGUCGUCACCCGGGCGUUGUCGUGGGCGUCAAGCUGACUUGCGGGUCCGUGGCCAAGGUGACGCGGCUGGCCGCCGAGCUGACGCCGGCCCAAUUUACCGUCUAUGGCGGCCAGGCCGAUUUUCUGGUCGGGGGGCUGGCGUCGGGCAGCGGCGGCUGCAUCACGGCCUUUGGCAACGUCUUCCCGAAAACAGUUGUGCGCAUCUAUGAGCAGUGGACAGGCAUCUCGGCCAAGGCGCCGGCCACGGGUGCGCCCGAAACAAAGGACACGCGAACCGCCGACGCGCGCGAAGCCGACCGUGCGGCCGCCCUCGCCCUCCAGCACAAGGCUGCCCUCGCCGAGCGGCCCUGCAAAAGCGGCAUUGCCACCACAAAGUACGCCGCCAGCUACUUCACUGCCCCGCUGGCCGGCAUCCAGGACGCCGAGGCCAAGCUGCGGCCGCGCCGGCCGUAUCUGGAGCCAUCAGACGCGGAAAAGGCGCGUUGCCGGGAGUUGAUGGCUGACGUGGCCGCGAUUGAAAAGUCGUUGUAG